UUUGUUCAUUGAUGAUAACCCAUGUUUGAUUCGUAUUAUGGAUUGAGCGAGUGAAGUGGCGAUUUUGUCUCUCUGCCAUCACAAAGUAGUUAUGCAGUCGCCAACAUUCCACCAUUCAUCUUUCCCUCCAAACCCUCUUCACCAAAUCAGCUUUGUUUGUAGAAUCUGGUGAAGUUUUUGACUUUUAGGUUGUUGGUGAAGUACAAGGGGUGAAUUGGAUUAAAUUAGUUGUUUGUAGUUUGGGGGCAAGGACACAACCCAGUGAAUUGAAAUGAGUGGAGUGGGAAUUGAUAUUGGGAAUGAGAACUGUGUGAUUGCUGCAGCGAAACAACGUGGGGUUGAUGUUUUGUUGAAUGAUGAAUCCAAACGUGAAAACCCUGCUGUGGUUUGCUUUGGAGAAAAGCAAAGGUUUUUAGGGUCAGCUGGUGCUGCUUCUGCCAUGAUGCAACCCAAGUCCACCAUAUCUCAAGUGAAGAGACUAAUAGGCCGGAGCUUUUCGGACCCUGAUGUUCAGAAUGACUUAAGAAUGCUCUCUGUUGAUACUUCAGAAGGCCCAGAUGGUGGCAUUUUGAUUCACUUGAAAUACUUGAACGAGACUCAUGCAUUUACCCCGGUCCAAAUAGUGGCAAUGCUCUUUGCUCACUUGAAGACUAUAGCCAAAAAAGAUAUGAGGACCUCUGUUUCUGACUGCGUUAUUGGGGUUCCAUCGUACUUUACCAACUUGCAAAGACAAGCUUAUCUUGACGCAGCGACAAUUGCUGGGUUGAAGCCUUUGGGGUUGAUCCAUGAUUGCACUGCAACUGCUCUUAGUUAUGGAGUUUACAAAACAGAUUUUCCCAGUGCAGCUCCUAUUUAUGUUGCAUUUGUUGACAUAGGUCAUUGUGAUACUCAGGUCUCUGUUGCAGCGUUUCAGGCUGGUCAAAUGAAGAUACUUUCGCAUGCUUUUGACAGGAGCUUAGGGGGGAGAGACUUCGAUGAGGUUCUGUUUAGUCAUUUUGCUGCACAAUUUAAGGAACAGUACAGCAUUGACGUGCAUUCUAAUGCCAGGGCACAGAGGAGGCUGCGUGUAGCAUGUGAGAAGUUGAAGAAGGUUUUAAGCGCAAAUGCAGAGGCUGCUCUGAACAUUGAGUGUUUGAUGGAUGAAAAAGAUGUGAAGGGCUUUAUGAAGAGGGAAGAAUUUGAGAAUCUGGCAUCAGGGUUAUUGGAGAGAAUUUGUAUUCCUUGCAACAAAGCGGUGUCUGAUGCAGGCUUGACAAUAGAAAAGAUUAAUUCUGUUGAGUUAGUUGGUUCAGGAUCACGGAUUCCAGCUAUAACUAGGUUAUUAACUUCUCUAUUUAAGAGAGAACUUAGACGCACACUGAAUGCAAGUGAGUGUGUAGCUCGUGGUUGUGCUCUCCAGUGUGCCAUGCUCAGUCCUGUUUUCCUUGUCAAGGAAUAUGAGGUCCAGGAUUCUAUUCCUUUUUCCAUUGGACUUUCAUCUGAUGGAGGUCCAAUUUUUGCAGGAUCAGAUGGUGUACUCUUCCCAAAAGGCCAACCCAUUCCAAGUGUUAAAAUUCUAACACUUCAGUGCAGUAAUUUGCUGCGCCUGGAAGCAUUCUAUGCUAAUCCAGAUGAAUUACCACCAGGGACAUCUCCUAAAAUCAGUUGCUUCACAAUUGGUCCUUUCCAUGGAUCCCAAGAAAGUAAGGCAAGAAUUAAAGUUCAACUAAAUUUGCAUGGCAUUAUCAGUAUUGAAUCAUCUACUUUAGUUGACGAUCAUGUGGAUGAUUCAGUUACAACAGGUGUUUAUCAUUCAAACUCUGAAGCAAUGAAUGUUGAACCUGUUUCUGAGACAAUUGAAAAUGUCACUGAAGAUAAUAUCAAUAAUAAGUGUGAAUCUCCAAAUCAUUCUGCUGAUGGUACAAGAAAAGAUAAAGCUAACGGAAGGCUUCAUGUACCAGUGACUGAGAACAUCUAUGGUGGAAUGACCAAGCCUGAGAUCUUGGAAGCCCAAGAAAAAGAACUCCAGUUGGCCCAUCAGGACACAACAAUGGAGCUAACCAAAGACACAAGGAAUUCAUUGGAGUCUUAUAUUUAUGAAACGAGGAAUAAGCUCUUCAGCACAUACGAGAGGUUUUCAAGUAAAAAUGAGAGGGAUGAGAUAUCUAGGACCCUGAAAGAGACCGAGGAAUGGCUUUAUGAUGAUGGUGAUGAUGAAACUGUGCAUGCUUAUUCUGCAAAACUGGAAGAUCUAAAACAGCUGGUGGAUCCAAUUGAGUUUCGGUAUAAAGACACAGCAGACAGACCACAAGCUACAAGGGAUUUGUUAAGUUGCAUUGUAGAGUAUCGAAUGUCUGCAGAUUCUCUCCCACCCCAAGAAAAAGAACUGAUAAUCGAUGAGUGCAAUAAAGCAGAGCAGUGGCUAAGAGAGAUGACGCAGCAACAAGAUCUUUACCCUAAGAACUUUGAUCCAGUAUUAUUGUCAAGUGAUAUCAAGAGCAAGACACAGGAUUUAAACUUAGCAUGCCAACAGAUAUUGAAAUCCAAGCGUUCAACAAUUCCAGAAGACGAGCAGAAUACUUCUAAUGAACAAUGAAGACAAUGAUGUGAUGAUACCAUGAACUGAAGACCUAAAUUUUUAUUAGUCAAUAGCUUCUGACAAAUGUGCACUUUUUUUAUAUAACAUUUUUUCCCCGUCUGGGGAGUAGAAAGAGAUAAAUAUAAAUACAGGGAAAUUACCUGUUGAAUUUGCUUUUAUUAUUUUAUUUGUGACCCCACGUUCUACUAAAGGCGUCCAAUGAUUUUUAUCUAACCCUUUGAAUUGAUUA